CGAGGCAUGAUGCUUCUCUUGAUUUUCUUGUCUCUUGUUCUUAUUUCUUCAGCAUCUCCUCCAGACUGGUUGAUAGAAACGAUUGAAACAGAUGUGACCCUGACAUCACCAGAUAACUCUACUCUAGUCCUCUCCAAUGGAUUGGUUACCCGUCAGUUUCUCAUCAGUCCCAACUUUGGUACAGUUGAUUACAGGAGUGAGAGUGCUGGUAGAUCUCUCCUGCGUUACAUUGGAACAGAGGCUACUAUCACUCUAGAUGGACAACAGUAUAAUAUUGGAGGUUUGUCUGGUUCCUCUGGCACACAUGCUUAUCUUAAUCGUUCAUCUGUUCAAAUUGUGGCUGACCCUAAUGCUUUUCAAUAUACUGGGCACAGUCAGUCUGAUCCUACUGCUCCCUUCCACUGGGAACCUGGCAUUAGAUUCUCACCAAAAACUUCAAACUGGCCACCAAAGGGGCUUCACUUGCAAGUUGAUUUCAAAGCUCCUGCAAGCGUGAAGGUUCCAUCGCAUGGGCAGGUAUCAGUAUCACUCCAUUAUGAGCUCUAUCAAGGUGUACCAAUAAUGUCUAAAUGGAUGUCGGUCCAGUAUAGUAAUACAACACCAGUGGCUCCCAUUAAGAUUAACGCUCUCAAUGUGGAAUACCUUGCUGUGCAGAAACCAUAUGCACCCUGGAAUUAUGGCUCUAGUCCUCAUCCAUGGGACAUGGGUACCGGUAUGACAGGAUCAUGGCUAUACGUUGAGACUGAUCAAGCACAUGGGACUGUUGUACAGUUCAACAGUGACCCUGCAGUUGGGGCUAGUCCUGGAGCUAGUGAACCUCUUCUUGUCUGUACUUAUUAUCAAGGAGGACCAGGCGUUCUUAUGGCUAACGUACCAAAUGUUUCUUCAUAUCUUACCCAGUUUGAUAGUUUUAGAGUUCUUGAAUUAUUGACUGAUACAGAUGAUCGUGAAAGAGUUGCUUUGAGUAGGCACAGAAUGACGCGUCUUUUGGCUCCACACACUCAAGAAAACCCAAUCUUCUUUCAUGCUACUGACAACAGCCCAACAGGAUUUCAAAAUGGCGUAAACCAAAUGGUUGAUGUGGGCUUUGAAAUGUACAUAUACAGCUUUGGCAGUGGUUUUAAUAUGGAGAGUACAAGUAGUGACUAUAUAAAGCAGAUUAAAGCUAAUAUUGAUUAUGCUCAUUCAAAAGGAAUAGAAGUUGGAGGGUAUGAUUUAAUUUGUCUUGAGAAAGGACAUGGUGGGUAUGGAGGUAAUGUUGGUGAUCAGUGGGAUGCUAUUGACCCUUCUUCUCAAAAGCCAACUGCCAAUGCAUGCUUUGCAUCAGGAUGGUAUGACAAAAUAAGUGGAAUUAUGACUAAUUUCAUAAAUCAGACUGGGCUCUCAAUGGUCGAGACAGACGGGCCUUAUGGAGGAGAAACGUGUGCUUCUACUACUCACGACCACCACAUUGGGAAUGAUGAUUCCAUCUACUGGCAAACCAGACUACAAGGAGAGCUAUACAAGACGCUAAAGGACUCCAAUGUAUUCAUCAACCAGCCGGAUAAUUUCUUCUAUCAAGGAGGGAAUAAAGUUGGCAUGGGAUACAAUGAAAAUCAGUAUAGUUUACCAAGAAGACAAGAUCUCCUUGUCAGUAGACAAGGAAUGUAUGAUGAUACAUAUCACUUCAUCCCAACUCAAGGAUGGAUGUUUGUUCCUAUUGUUGAUUAUCAUGGUGGUGGUGCAGCAGCCAUGUUUGAGCCCCUUGAGACUAACAUCCUCGACUACGAAUGGGCUUUUGCUCAGUAUCUUGGAUAUGGCGUGGCUGCUUGCUAUCGUGGCAAUGUCCUUUAUGAUGGCCCCAAUUCUAAAGCAGUUGUGACAAAAUGGGUCUCAUUUUAUAAGAAAUAUCGUGAUAUUCUCAUCAGUGAUAUUGUUCAUGUAAGAAGACCUGACAUGCAAGAUAUUGAUGCUAUACUCCAUGUCAACCCAUUUAUUGAUAAUCGUGGUCUUGCUAUGGUCUACAAUCCAACUCUUUACACGCUGUCACGUAAUCUUACGCUCCCUCUGUAUUACACUGGAUUGAAAACAUCAGCAACGAUUUAUCAAGAAGGCCAAGAGCCAGGUCAAGCAUAUAAUCUGGAGCAAGACUACUCUGUCUCUCUUUCGCUGAAAAUGGAACCACAAACUAUUACAUGGUUUCUUAUAAAAGCUACUUAGCUGAUUUGUAAUAAUUGUAUUUUUGCUAGCUGCUUAAUGAAAAUGUUAUUAAUGUGCC